AUGUUACUCCUCUGCUCCCUUUUCCUCUCGUUGUUCUCUGCCGUCACAGCGAAAACGCAAUAUUGGUGUCAUGGAGACGGCAUUCUUUCCAAUGUGAGUUCUUGUUGUUGCGGCCGGUGUUAAGGGCAUUUGACCCUUGUUUUUUUUUGUUAUGAGCGAUGACAGGUGGCAAUUUUUACACUUUGCUUGACCGGCAGAGUCAGAGACCCAGAGAAGCGGGAGGAUUUUUGAUUGUCUGUGAGAGAUCAUUUCCGCAUAGUUACGAGCGGUUCUUAAAUUCUGAGCAGGAGCUCACAGAUAGAUCAGUGAGCUGCCGGAAACUUGAAUUUCUUCAUUUCAGCAGCAGACAUGCCGGUUCUUCACGAUAGUCAUCGACGCGGGUUCAACUGGCACUCGGUUACACCUCUACAAGUUCAUCCACGAUCCAGUCACAGCUUCCCACGGAAUGCCCUUCAAAGUUGAGCAGGAAAUCUUCCAAGAGGUUUUUUUUUCUUUCAUUUCUUCGUUCGAAAACUUUCCGGAAACUUCUCUUUGCAGGUGAAACCGGGGCUCUCCUCGUUCGCCAAAUCUCCAGAAGGCGCCGCCGAUUCCCUGGAACCACUUCUCGAGCGAGCACGUCAUGAAGUCCCCCAUUUCAUGUGGGAAAGGACGCCGAUCACACUGAAAGCGACCGCCGGUCUCCGUCUUCUCCCGGGCGAUAUGGCCGACGACAUUCUGGAGAAAGUCGAGGAGCGCAUCUUCAACAGCGGCUUCUUCGCCGCCUUUCCAGACGCCGUCACGGUGAUGCCGGGCAGCGAUGAGGGUGUGUUCAGCUGGUUCACUCUCAAUAUUCUUCUCGAAACACUCUUCACUGGUAUGUUUGUUCUAAGGCACCACACUUGUAUGUAUUAGUGGCGAAUUUGAAAUAGAAAAGCGGCACGUAACACGUGUGCACAAAAGAAGAGCAAAGAACAGUGAGGUGGACGGCUUAGAGACACAAUCAUAUGGUGUUCUUGUUUAUGAUGCAAAUGUUUGACCGUUGAUCAGUAAAAAGGGUUUAGUAGGGCGAAAGUGACCGAUUAAGAUGCCUCAGCAGCUUUUUCCAGAUGAACCGACGGUCGGGCACAAGCCAGCGGCCCACCGCUCCGUCGCCGCUUUUGAUUUGGGCGGCGGAUCUACUCAACUGACCUACUGGCCGAACAACGAAGCCGUCUUCUCGGAGCACCCCGGCUUCGAACGGGACAUCGACUUCUUCGGCCAUCACAUCCGUCUCUUCACCCACAGUUUCCUCGGAAAUGGCCUGAUCGCCGCGCGGUUGAACAUUCUGCAAAGCGAGACGGAAGAUCAUGUGGAGGCGGAGCAUCAACUGGUGACGAGCUGCAUGCCGGCAGGGUAUCAGCUGAGCGAAUGGGAGUACGCACUCAAAUUCUGGAACAUCAAGUCGGUGAAAGCUCUGAAUACGUUUGAAGAUAAUUGUGUUUUCAGCGGCACCUCUGACCACUCAUUCGCCAACUGUUACGACGUCACCAAGCGAUUCGUGGAGUCGAGUAGAAUAAUGCAUUUGAGCGAGCUGAAAGGCUCGUCGAUUUACCUUUUCUCCUACUUUUUCGAUCGUGCACUGAACAGCGGUCUCGUGAAGGGAAACGACGGCGGACAGAUCGAAUUGCGACAGUUCCGAAAGGCCGCCGAAGUGGCAUGUCGCAGAGGAAAAGCCGAGAUCAUGGAGGACGCGAGCCACUGGAUGCCGUGGCAAUGCCUCGAUUUGACCUACAUCUACUCCUUGCUUCGUGACGGCUAUCAGUUCGAAGACAGCCAGAAGAUUGUGGUAAUUGAUUUAGAAGACGUGGUCAUAGCUGAAAAUGUUCUGUUUUUUUUAUUUCAGUUGGCCAAGAAGAUCAAAGGAAUGGAAGUUUCCUGGGGUCAGGGACUCGCUUUCGCGACCGCCAACGAGUUCCAGAUGGUCGAAGGAUCCAUGAAGGCCGCAUCCGAUGCUCACAACGCUACAGUAGUCGAUCAGAUCUUCGAUCUGUUCUACUCGGGCACCAACCAAGUGCUCUCCUUCUUUAAUUUCAUCUCUGCAUAG